AUGGAAGAAAUUUUGUUUUCUGACGAUUGGUUAAAGUGUGUUGAGUUCAAAGGAUGGUUACAAAAAGUUCUAAAUAAUGAUCUAAAAGCUCAUUGUACAGCCUGCAAGGUGGUCUUAAAUGCUGGGAAAAGUGACUUACUCAAACACGCCGCUGGAAAAAAACAUAUAGAGAAUCUAAAGGUAAUUAAAAAUUCUAGAAAUAUUGAAGAAUCUUUUAAAAACACAAAACCUGAACAAAGUGUUGCUGUGAAAGAAACAGAGAUAAGAUUAGCUUCAUUUUUUGCGGAGCAUAAUGUUGCGUUUCAGGUUGCAGAUCAUUUGUUGCACGUUAUGAAAAAAAGUUUCUAUGACUCUAAUAUUGCACAAAGUAUUACAUUAAAUAGAACUAAGUGUACUAGUAUUAUUAAAAAUGUACUAAAUGCUGUUGAAACCGAUGAAACUGUUAAUAAUUUAAAAAAUGUAAAGUUCUCAAUUCUUGUAGAUGAGAGUACAGAUAAUAACAGACCAUAA